UCCAUGUGGGAGCGGCUGGAGUUCCUCAACAGGUGGUACCUGCUGCUGGUCACCAGCGACCUCCUGACCAUGCUGGGCACUGUCCUCAAGAUCGGCAUCGAGGCCAAGGCUGUCCCCGCGGUGUCCCCACAGAACUUCUCGGACUAUGACGUGUGCAGCAUCCUGCUGGGGACAUCCACGCUGCUCGUCUGGGUCGGUGUCAUCCGGUACCAGACCUUCUUCCAGAAAUACAAUGUGCUCAGCACCCUCGGGACGCAUCCUGCACCUUCUAGAAAACACUCAGCACCUUCUGGAAGGCGCUCAGGUCUUUCGGGACGGAUCCGGCAUGUUUCUCCAACGCUGCUGGCUGAAACUUCCUCAGGUUCAAGGAGCAGGAUCUUCUUCCUGUCUCCAGCUCUGCAACAUUUCAGCUCCCAUCCUAGGGCCUACAAGCCCACCCCUUGGCCAAUAUCCCAGCCCCACAGUGAUUUCAGCACCAGCCCUACAGUGGCUAUCACAGACGCAGGCAAAAUCCCGGUACUGCCAGAGUUUCAGGUCCCAUGUUACAAUCCCAUAUUUUUGGCCCUACCCAUCUUGUUCUAUUUCCAGUCACAGGAACCAGCCCCAACAUCCAUAUCACAGGCCUACGGUGAUUCCAGCACACAGAUCCUACAGUGACAAUCCCAUUAUCAGUCCCUAUCCCAGCCCCACAGUGAUUUCAGCUCCAGCCCUGGAGAGCCCUUCCCUGUCCCAGUGAUUUCAGCUCCUGGCCCACAAGCUUUAUUUAACUGCAAGCUCUCUUCUUCCAGCUCCACAUCCGCUUCUUUUUCCCCCUCUCUGCUAGGUGAAGCUGCUCCAGGUUGAGACAAAGGGUCUUUGUUUUGGUUCCAGCUCUGAGGUUUCACCUCCAGGCCGAGAAAUGCCACUCCAACCCCAUCCCAACCCCAAAGCAAUCUUUACUGUAUUUGCAGCCCAUCCCAUUGUGUACCAUUCUAUGCUUGCUUCCCACAUCUACAGUCACUAUUCCCUCAGAACAGUGUUUGCAGCAGUCACCAUCCCAGCCCCAGUGACUUCCGCUUCAGUUCCACAAGCUUGAUUUGACUGCCAGCUCUUGUGCUGCGCUUCUGCUUCCUCAGCUUCCCAGCAGCACCACAUUGUGCAGCUUUCUGGCUCUCCAGGCAGGAUCUCUGUUUUAGCUCUAGCUCUCUGUGGUUUGAGCUUUGCUCUUGAACCCACAUUCCAGCCCCAACCUGACCAUCCUUACUGCAGGAACAGCUCUGCAAGGCCCUAUCCCAGCCCUCACGGUGAUUUCACCUCCAGCCACGCAGUUCGCAUCCCAGCUCCAUAUUCCCUAUCCCAGCCCCACAACAGUUUUACCCUAAACCCUACCAUAUUUCUGUCUGCUCCAGCUCUGCUUCCUCAGUUCCAGCUCCUCAGCUUCCCACUGCCGGUGGCUAAAAGCUGCUCCUGCUUCUCACUGCAGCCCGGGGCUGUUGAUAAGGCCACAAAUCAGUUAUCAUCAUGACAUCAAUGUCUCUAGGAGUUGUCCUACCCACCCUAAUGGGAGCCCAAAUUUGGGGACACUUGAGGCCUCAAGCCCAACAGGUACCUUCCCCCUCCCCCUGGGUCUCAGCCCAGCACUUGCCCAAAGGCCCCCUCACCUCCCCCAGGCAGAACCAGGGGCUGGGAAUAGCCAUUGGGCCCUUGCUCCCCCAUCCCAAAAGGUGCCCUUGGGCUGGUUCUGGGGCCCUGGAGCCCUCCCAGCCCCCAGCCCCUCAGCCUCUGCUUGGUACCAGCGGGCAGGGGCUGCCAAGCCCCCAGGCACCUCCUGCAGGCCCUGAGAUGCAGCUCCAUCCCCUUCCCCCACGGCAUUUAUCCAGCUCCAGCCUCAGUAUUUCCACUGCCCCACAUUGGUUUAGGCAUGACUCCAAUGCCAAGGUCUUUAUUCCACACCCUGGGGCUUUAUGUCUCCACUGGCCCCACAACGGGUGUUUCAGCCCCAGGCCCACAAUCUCUACUGAAUUAACAUCAGCUAUCCAGCAAAAAAGCCCCUAAAGUAAUUAAUCUUAAUAA